AUGUACCCCUCUUACUCAAACUCCUCGCGCUAUCGCACCGGCUCCUCCUUCGCACAAUCCUCCAGCUACACACCUUCUAAAGCAGCGUACGGUUCUACCCUCAACAUGUCACCAUCCACUUCUUCUUUCGGGUUACUAUCCUCGGCACCAGGGCCUUCACAAAGAUUCAGUUCUCCGUUACGAGCUCCAGAACCAUCACGCCCACUUAGGCGAUCAGACUCAAACACACAGUUUGGACUGUACAAUGGAGCAGGGCCUUCCCAAGCGUACGGUAACAACCCCUACCAACCACCCCAGAUAAUGGCACAACCAUCUGGAAGUCGUCAACCUUAUGGAAUUGCACCCCAACCAUAUGGAAUGCCGCAGCAACCCUACGGUAUGCAGCCACAACCAUACGGUAUGCAACAACAGGCGUACGGAAUGCAACCGUAUGGGAUGCCGCAAUAUGCUGAACCCACUCCAUUAAAAGCACCCAAGCCAUCUCCAGCUGAAAGAUACUUCAGUAAGAGAAACUCUUCUAACGACAUCAGAGGCACAGUGGGACAAAGCCAAGUAAAGCCACAAGAUGACCCCACUACGGCAGUACCUUCAGUCAAAGAUUCAUGGGCAUCUAACUACCUAAAGAGAAGAAAAGAAGCCCAAGAAGAAGACCAAAGAGCUCAGCAAUGGGCUAUCCUCGGCGGUCCACCUAGAGAAAGCCCCACUAGAGAGAACGGCCAAGAACGACUGCCUAGUAGAAGUCCAGAAAAAGAAGUUAUUCGGAUAAAAGAACCCCCUUCCAAUCAAGCUCAACAGUUACAACAAGCUUAUCUACAACGACUACUAGCUGCCCACAAUACGGUGGACGAACUAUUAAAGAACAGAGGCAAACAGGCCGACGAUGAAUCCAGAUUUCUGAAAAAGUACGAGUGGAGCACUGAGAGAGACAGCACCCCUUUACGGAGUACGUCAAGUGACAGCGAUUCUGGCCUCUCACUUGACUCUUUUCCUACGCCAGAAGAACCAAAACGGUUAACUCCAAUUCGAGUACUAGCCAGAAGAUCAUCCACAGCUACUCCUACACGGUUCACGUCAGUUGAAACAAACGCAGAACCCUGUGAAUUCACGAAAGAAUCAGAGUUCGAAGAUGUCAUAUUCUGUGUUCUGAUUGCCACAUUCGAAGAAGUCGAGGCUUCAUUUGUAGAGCAUUUGGAUGAAAUAGAAGUGCAUCAUGAAGAAAAAGUAAUCGAACCAGAAAAAGUCAAGCCUAAGGCCGUUAAGAAACGUUUGAAUGAAAAGAAGCGUCAAGAACAUGUUCAAUUGACAGCCGUCUUACCAAAAACUCAAAGUUCGGAUGUAAAAUAUAACAAAGUAGAUCCGACUACUGUCGAGUUACGAUGUUCACUGCCAAAGAAAGAAGAGACAAAACCUGAUUCCAAAUCUGUAGUCGAGACAACUACAGUAAACGACAAAAAGAUUACAAAAACAGUCAGAGACUUGAAAAAACAGAAGAGCUUAGACCUGACGACAGCCAUCGAAAACCUUAAGAAACCAGCAACAAAUGGCAAACCUAGAGCUGUCACCGUCAACCUGACUGUAAAUGCUGAGGCAAAACACGUUAUUAUGAAGAUACCCUCAAGACUCAAACAAACAACGUAUAACUUACAUAGUAAAAUGCCACUAAACGACAAAAAAGUGAACAACAAAGAAGAACCGAAAGUAGAAUCAAAAGAAACUUCAAUAACUCUUAAGGACCAGUUCGCUAAAAGCAUCACCUUCAGAGUCAAACCUCGUCCGUCAGAAGGCUUGAAGAAGCAAACCAGCUUAAAUGUUCCAGAAUACAUUCCAAAAGAUCAUUCGAAGCAACGUAAACUACCAGGAAAACUGCAAAGGCAACAAACAGAGCCGGAAUUAGAAGCUGAAACCAAACGAAAAGUUGGCAGACUCCAGAUUCCUGAAGAAGCCAAAAACGACGACAACAAGUCAAAGAAACUGAACGUGCCAAAACUGAAGUUUAACAGAGAAAUGGUGUCUCAAAGUUCUACCGCCGCUGACUUCAGAGUCAAGCCAGAAAAACCCCAAUCGGCUUCAAUUUCGGUCCAACACUGUAGCUUCUAUGAAAUCAAAGAAAGCUUCUCGGCUCCAUCAAAAGAGAAAUGUCUCAGAAUCCACUUGAGGUUAACUAGUAACAACGACUUAAAAGAAACCACCAAUACAGUCCAGCCUUGCUCAGAGAGAAAACAGUCCGCCUUCUGUGAGAUUCUAAAUCCCACGUGGAGGACUGAAUCCGAGAUCAAGAAGAAAAAAAAGGAUUCUAAGCCAUUAGCUCAAGUCAAAACAGGCGAACAUUCUGUCAAAUCAAUUCAAGACCAUUUGAAGAAAAAGCAACAGUACGUACGAGAGAUUCAAGAUGUGCGUGGGGCGUUGAAAAGAGUGGCAAAACAAAAUAAUGCCAAACCAACCAAGCCCGAGCUGCUAAACCAAGCCAGAAAAGACUUCAACAUCAAAACCAAACGCAACCAGAAAGCCCAGAAAGUGACUGGUUUGCGUAAUAGAGAGGAUAAAAAGACUGACGACAAGAAGAAGCUGGCUGGAAUCUCAAAGAAACGAGAAGAACCCAAAGCUCCAGAAAACAAACCUAUCGUCGUAGAAUCUCGACAUCCUACACAGAUCGAACCGUGGGAAGCGAAGCUGAUUGACGCCUUCAGACGUCGACUUCAUAUUCCUGUACUCGAAGCCAUCUACAAGAGAAUCUUCUGCUUCAACUGUGUCCAAUGUCAUUUGCUAACCGGUCCCAAACCACCGCCGAUGGCAAAGUUCAUCUCUAGAAAGCUGCCUGAUCAAUGGCCGAUCCCAGAAGCCGAAAAAACAGAAUUAGAACAGUUCUUGGACGAAUGGCACGAUCAGCUUCAGAUUCACAAUUCCCUCGAACUGCUACGGUCGACGACUUCAGAACAUCACGUAGCCAUCUUGAAUCCCUUCGGAAUCACUCUACGGAAGGUAAACCAACAUAAAAUGCCAGUGUUCCGACCAUCCAAAAAGCCAAAAAGAAAGUUCGUGCCGAGCUGGAGACGUGCUAGGUAAAGCUUAAUUCUGUUUGAUUGCUGUUAAUUGUGAACAUUAUAUUAUCAUUAAUUGCAAUUUUAAAACUUUUAUUUUCAGAAGCGGUGAAGAGCUCGAGGAGGAGGAGGAAGAAGAAGAGCCAGAGAGCGAGGCUGCUCCACCUCCGGCCAAGCCUGAAGAACCUCCAGCUCCAGAAGGUGAUGCUGUAGAGAAUGGAGGAGCGGAAGACGGUGAAAGCGCAGAGUAAGUAUGGGUAACCCUAUUGUGCCAUAUAUCUAUUCAUCGGUUGUAUGUGUCUUAUAUUAUUUUAUUUUAAUUCUUCUUCGUCUGUCUAACGUAGUCAAACAAAGUCAUCGUAAACGGUUAUGUAUGUGGUCUUGUGCACAAAGACUAAAUCCUUUAGUGCUCCAAAAGAAGAAGAAGAUGGGGUUGAAGGUGAAGAAGACGGAGAAGCGCCCCAGGAAGAAAGAAGGUAAGUAUGAAUAACAUUUGCAAAAACUUAUAACAUGUAAGGCCAUCUCGUGUCCCACCACCAGUCGCCGAACCAGACCCAGAGUCCAUGACGGAAGCUGAACAAGCCAUGCUGGCGGCCAAAAAGCGACACGAAGAAGAACAAGCCUUGAAGAUGUUAGAUUCUGAAUCCAGAAGAAAAGCAGAGCUCCAACAAAUAGAAGAAGAGCUCAAAGUCCUGAAAGAACGUCAGAUCGAACGGCGACAACAGCGAGAGAUUGAAGAGCGAGAGUUUGCCGAACGCCGACGUCAAGAUGAAGAACGUCGACGAAAGGAAGAGGAGGAACGACGAGUGAAAAUGGAAGCCGACAGAGCCAGAAGACAAGAAGAGAAGAUGAGAAAGAACCUGAUGAUGGCUGGGGCCCUUGGAAUGGCUGAGAUCCCAGAAGGAGAGGGUCCCAACUUUGUGGUCAGCAAAGGUGGAAUGUCUAGUCUAGCUGCCAAUGACGAGAAAAAGAAGAAAUAUGGGCUCAGCAAAGAACAGAAAGAAGAACAAAAGGUUAGUUUCACACAAAUAUUAUGGUAUUGAAUUUAUCUGAAGCCUAUUUACCUUAAUAUAAACAAAACUGUGUUAUUGUAUAUAAGAUACCUGAUAACUAAAUCGGAUGUUGUGAGAAAAAAUAAAAUUGCAAUUUCUUGGCCGGACAAAUAUCAACCAAAAAUUUUAUUUUUCCGGCUGAUAUUCAAUAAUAAAAUAUUUUCAAUCAGACGAUCAGAUGUACUCAUGUGAGCUUGAACUAUAUUAUAUUACAGAGAAACUUCCUGGCUGUAAUCAACAAGCCAGAAGAUGUGAGUAACUGUUUGCCCAACGACAUCAAAGAGAAGAUCAAGCGACUUCACGCCAAGAUUGUCAAAAUUGAGGCAGAAAAAUAUGAUCUCGAGCAACGUCAAACACGACAAGACUACGACUUGAAAGAGCUGUUCGAACGUGAAAAACAAGUAGCCCGCCAGAAAGCACUCAAGGAAGGUGUUGAACCGACUGAAGAGGAGAGCAACAGCAGAAGACCGGUAAUAAACAUUAUCUUAUAGUAAACAAAAGCAUUACCUUAUAAAUAACAUUGUGAUCUCAACUGAAUCAUGUCACACACGUGUUUCAGGCCAAGAAAACCAUCUCCUCCAAGUUCGAUCGCCAAGUUGAUCGACGUUCCUAUGGAGACAAAAGGGAGUUAUUUGAAAACGUAAGUUGACAAUGAGAAGGUUAUGUUGUUGUUAUUAUUUUUUAAAACUAUAUUUAGAUAAAGUAGAUAAUAAAUGAAAAAAAAAACUUUACCUUUUCAGCCAGCAGUCAAGUUGCCACCCAGCAUUGCCCAUGGCAGUGGACGACCACCAGCCGAAUGGGGCAAACGCGAAAUUGAGGAAUUGGAACAGCUGAGGAAGAACCUCGAACCCUUCAGAUACCAAGAACAAGUGAAAGCAGAAGGCGACGCUGCUAAACCUCCAGUAGCAGUUAUUCCUCUUCAACUACCCACAGAAGAGUUUGAUCCAAGUCUCGCCCCAAAACCGGUAAAAACAAGAAAUUGCCCCGAAAAACGGAUAAUUAGUUGUGACACUUCGCAACAACUGAUGUUGAAACCGCAAAACAAUUUUUCGUCAAAAUUUAUAAAAUUCUUCAUUUUUAAUGUUUUUUAAAAAUAUUUGUUUUUACGCUUUCAUUAUUACUUCCUUUCAGUAUAAUAUUAUGUUAUCUUUUCAGAAGCAAAACGGCAACGUUCAGCCUGAGUUGGAGAUCACAGAGGAGCCAGUCGACGGCCAAGAACCACCACAAGAAGAAGCGGAAACCGCUUGA